AUAAUAAUGCAUGAAUUAAUAAAAAGUACACUAAUAGCGGUACCGCUUAUACUUGGGAUCAAUAAGUUUGCUAAACUUUGUCGUGAAAUCAAUUGGCAAUUGUUUAAGUAUUUCAAUGUUUUGAUACAAUUAUUGUGGCAAAGAAGGGGUCAGAAAAGUAACCGAAUUGUUAGACACGACGUCUGGAGCGAUGAUAUCAGAAACGCUGGGAUAUUGCCGUUCCCUCACGAGUGGGACUAUGAUCUGCCGUCACAGACAAAACCCGAAAAUGUGUCGAUAUAUGGCGUGAAUUCUUCAAAACAAAGCAUUUAUAUUGCAAUCAAAUGGAGACCAAAAGGAGUGAACGAUAAGAUCAAUGCAACCAUUAGUUUGAGAUUUGAUGACAACAA